AUGGCUACACUUGUUGUACCUCCAGCUCCUCCUUCUCCUCUAGACGAUGCGAUGCAACUUUACCGUGCUUUCAAAGGAUUUGGCUGUGACACAAGUGUUGUGAUCAAUAUUCUGGCUCAUCGAGAUGCGACGCAGCGCGCCUUCAUCCAACAAGAAUAUGAAACAACAUACGCGGAGGAGCUUUCUAAAUGCUUAGUUUCAGAGCUAAGAGGAAAGUUAGAGACUGCAGUCCUGCUUUGGAUGCCUGACCCUGCAGGACGCGACGUAGAAAUCAUUAGGAAGUCUUUAAUUGUGGACAAAAAUCUUGAAGCUGCUACCGAAGUAAUUUGUUCGCGUACUCCAUCCCAUCUACAAUAUCUAAAAAAGAUAUACCAUUCAAAAUUUGAUGUUUAUCUUGAGAAGGAAAUUGAAUCAAACACUUCCGGGGAUCUGCAAAAGCUCUUGCUUGCAUAUGUAAGCACCCCUCGCCAGGAAGGCCCCGAGUUUAAUAAAGAAAUCGCUGAGAAGGAUGCAAAAGUUCUCUACAAAACCUUAGAAAAGAAACUCGGAUCCGAUGAAAAGACUUUUGUCCAAAUAUUCAGUGAACGGAGUGGCACGCAUUUGGCUGCCGUCAAUUCUUAUUAUCAUGACAUGUAUGGUCACUCACUGAAGAAGGCAGUAAAGAAUGAAACAUCCGGGAAUUUCGGUCGAGCACUGGUGACAAUAAUUCAAUGUGCUACUAAUCCAGCAAAGUAUUUCGCAAAGGUAUUGUAUAAGGCAAUGAAAGGUUUAGGGACUAAUGAUCACACACUCAUAAGGGUCAUUGUAACAAGGACUGAGAUUGAUAUGAAAUACAUCAAAACUGAAUAUGCAAAGAAAUAUAAGAAGACAUUGAAUGAUGCAGUUCACUCUGAAACAUCCGGCAACUAUAGGGCUUUUCUUCUCGCACUUUUGGGUCCCAAUAAUUAG